AUGUUCUCCUUCCGAAAGUUUUUGGCCUUCAUGCUGAUCGUCAUUGCUCUGAUGGCAUCAUUCUCGUCUGCUCAGCCAAUCGACGAGGAGCGUCCAAUCUUCAUGGAGCGUCGUGAGGCCUCUGCGUUUGGAGAUAUCAUUGGCGAGCUCAAGGGCAAGGGACUCGGAGGACGAAUGAGGUUCGGAAAGAGAUCAUCUUCCCCGUCGGACAUUUCGAUGGCUGAGCUGAGGGCAAUCUACGGAGGUGGGCCAGUUGAAUAUGUUCAACUUUAA